AUGGGAAAGGCUGAACCAGACUGUUUAUUGAAAAAGUUGGAAAUAUUGAUAGCUCACGAAUUAGCUCACUGUUUACUAGGAGAUUUUAAUUUAAACUGGGCUAAAUUACACGAUGAAGACCAUGACAAGUUAACCCAAGAGAUUGAAGAUUAUUUUUUAAAAGAAAUUAUCAAGUAUAGUAAAAGAGUAUUAGAAAGUAAUGAAGAAGAAAAGGUGUUUAAAUUAGGUGUCGCGAUAGCCUUUGAUUUAGAUACUAUCUGCGACCCCAAUAAAGCGGGUUAUGUUAAAGACGAGGAAGAAAAGAAACAUUGA